AUGUUCUUUCGUUCUUUAUUUUUUCUUUCAUUUUUUUCGUUUUUUCUUUCAUCAUUCUUUCACUCUUUAUCUCUUUCUCUCUUUCUCUCUUUUUUAAUUCUUCUUUUCUUCUUCUUUAAUACUUUCUUACUUGUUACAUUUUUUCUUUAUUUCUUUCGUUCUUCUUUCUCUCUUUCUCAUUCUAUUUCUUUCAUUAUUUCCUUUUUUUCUAUACUCUGCCUCUCUCUCUCUUCUAUAAUUCUGCUUUACACCUCCUCAAAUAUUUUUCUUGGCAAUUUCUCUUUCUUUCUAUCUUUCUUUCUUUCUUUCUUUCUUUCUUUCUUUCUUUCUUUCUUUCUUUCUUUCUAUAUCGCUGUAUUUAUUUCAUUGUUUUCGUUUUUCUUUCUUUACUAUCUCUCUUCUAUGAUUCUUCUUUUCCUCUCUAAUAUUUUUCUUUUCUUUCUUUUUUCUUUCUUUCUUUUUUUUUUUUUUCUUUCUUUCUUUAUCACUGUAUGUCUUUCAUUACUUUUGUUUUUUCUUCCUUUCGUUCCUCUCUCUCUCUCUCUCUCUCUCUCUCUCUCUUCUAUAAUUCUUCUUUUCCUCUCCUCGAAUUUUUUCUUUGAUAAUUUUUCUUUCUUUUUAUUCUUUCUUUCUUUCUUUCCUUCUUUCUUUCUUUCUUUCAUGAUUUUCGUUUUUUUCUUUCUUUAA